CUGCUACUGCUGCUGCUAUAACUUGUCAUAAUGAUUUUGAAUGAUGUUGAGAGUAGAGUUUCGUUUGCUUCUAGAUAUAAUAUUGAUAACUCGGUGCUUACAAAGGAAAUAAACUACCGCCAGUCAGUAUCGACAAAUAGGACACGGAAACAAAAUCAAUACCACAAAUGUUUGUAAAGUAUUGAAUACUGCUUUAAGUACGAUUUGCACCGCAUUCUUCUAUUCAUUAGUGUUAUACAUGUACUACUUGUAAAUUACAGUUUCAACUCCGCGUUUCUCCAUUAAAAGGCAUACCACUGAAACGGGAAUACAAUAGAAUAAUAUAACUUGUGUCUUUAAACGGAGAGGUAGACAGGUUGAGAUAAACUGGAGGAUUUAAUUUAUGGUUUUUUUGUCAAAAUGGCCGGACUCGAAGAGCACGUGACUUGCUCCAUAUGCAUGGACCUCUAUGUGGACCCGUUGGCCCUACCGUGCCUCCAUAGUUUCUGUCACCACUGUAUCCAGGGUCUACUCUCUGCUUCCCUCACGUUCCGGUGCCCAGAAUGUCGUAAGGAAAUCGAAUUGGAGCGAAAUGGUAUUGACCAACUGCCGAAAAACUUUCAACUGGCAGGAAUUGUUGAAACUUACAAGAAAGAGAAGGGUGUUCCAAACAGAAGGCCGGCGGAAGGAUCUGACCAGUUGCCAUAUUGUAGACAACACAGGAUGACGUGUGAGAUUUUUUGUAAAACGUGUUCAAAACCGUUAUGUUUAAUUUGUUUGACACAAACAAACCAUAAAUCUCAUGGAUUUCGUAUUUCUAAGUGUAAGAAUGGUUCAGCAAUUACUGGCGGGAUACUGUGUACAGACCAUGACAGGCAGUUCCAGUUGUACUGCGGCCAGUGUGGAGAGCUGGUCUGCCUCGAGUGUGUCACCAAGCAACACGGUGGUCACAACCUUGCCAUCAUUGAAGAUGCGUAUGAACAUCAUUAUGGCAUUUUAAAGGCCUCUGCCGUUGACCUUGAAUCGAGGCUGAGCCUGCUGAAAGCAUCACAACAAUCGUGCCGAUUAUUAGCCCAGAAAACACAGACGGACGCGGAAAAGAAGCGCCAAGAGUUGACAAUGUACUUCGGUCGUCUGCGCGAGUCGUUGGACAGGCGAGAGUUGCAGAUGAAGAAGGAACUGAGCAGACGAGAACAGGAAACGGUGCAGGCGUUCAUGGGUAAAGCAGACGACAGUUCGAGGAAGGAGAAGGAUGUUUCAGACGAGAUCAGCAGCAUCCGGCGUCUCGCGGUGGAAAAUAAGAUGGCGUUUAUGAAGCAAUAUCGCACGCACGCCACUCGAGCGUCCGAGCUCUUGAAUGAUGAACGCUUCGAUACUCCUCCGCAGACGAAAGGUGUAGAUGACGUCACAUUAGUCACGUGGCCGUUAGAGAAGGAACUGGCCAACAUAUCAUGGAAAUGGGCGAAAGAUGACUUACGUCCGGCCCGGAAGGCGCCUCCGCCUCCUUCAGAGCGGAUACCGAGAUCCCCUGCUAUGAAUAAGCGACCGACACCUGCCGUCAGGCCGUCCAGACUUCCUGACUUGAAGCAAAACACAGCGGUGACAAGAGGAAAGGAUUGGAAGAACGGACAGUUUGACGGUGGGCCAGGUCACGUGGGAUCCGUUAUCGCCGUGGAGAGAGGCACUGAUCGCCUUAUGUGUACAGUGUGCUGGCCGAACGGCAAACAGGAUGUUUACGAGUAUGGUCCUCCUGCCAUAGAGGAAAUCAAACCCGUGUAGAACAGAGCUGGAUCAGUAUUUUAACCACUUAUGCAGUGAAAUGCUAAAUCACUAGGUCGAGUUUUAAGCACAAAAAAUGUGGAGGACUACUCGAGUGAUAAACAACUUCUUGUUGAAUGUGUUGUUGUUGUUGUCUUUUACAUUUGGCAAAUUCCUACUCCACGUUAUCUUUGUUGGUGGAUUAUGUUGAUUUUCGCCAAGUAUUAGUGCCUUAUCAAGAGGCCAUCCAUUGCUUUAUAGCAUGUAGAUAUAAAAUGCAGCUGGAAAUGAUGAAGUGUUUACGCCCCUGUGUCUGCCAGUUGGAUUGACGAACGGAUUCUGAUUAUAUAAAGUAUUGAGUAAGACAUUAUUGCAUUUACGAUUGAACUGCACUAUAUGAUGUUGAUGUAAGAACCGUGAGGUGAUUUCCAGGCGUGGUAAAAUCAACUUUUAUUAUAACGUGCCCUCAAAAGAGAUAAAGAGAGGAAAUAGUUACAUUUGGUGUUUGAAUAUUUGUGUAGGCGAAUGACAAUCGAGAAUUUUUCAAAUGUUUGUUCAUUAAUUUUACGUAUAUUGAUUUUGAUUGAAGUACCCAAUACACCAAGUAAGUAAGAGACCAAUUUUGAUGAUCUACAGAAAAUAUAGCGCCAGCUCGGUUUUUUUGUAGAUCACUCAAACAUAUAUGAACAGUUAUAAGUAAUUGCAUUUUUUAAAUACUGUCUUUGCGAAGGCCUCAUAAGUCAAAGCGUUUUAAAUAUUAAACCCAUUGAUUGGGAUACGAUGAUAUGCAAGUAAUUCGUGAACGUUUACUUUUUGGAUACAUUUUCUAUUAUUUGCAUCUGUCAAACGAAAGUUCAGAUUGUAGAUGGUGAGAUUCUGAGAGAUUUGCGACAAAGAAAAUAUACAGUGCUCAAAAGAAAGGUUCCACUUACAGACAACUUUUGUUUGUUGAUGUUCACUUAGUGCUUACUAAAAUGUUUAAGUUGCAAUCUCUUAAAGGGAUUCGUUCAUGGUUUGUAAAAUGCACUUUUUACGAAAAAUAAAGUGUG